AUGCAAAAUUCAUCAUACUCAACGAGUUACUCCAGAGACAACAACCAUAUUCAAAUCAAUGAGUCCAAACUACAACACUCGAGAUUAAAAGAAAAAUACGAAUCAAACUCGAUCAAAGACUUACCCAAUGGUAUUGAUGAGAUAAUUGAAAAAACCUCAAAGCUUCAAUUAUCCACUAACUCAAAACGAAAGGAAAUAUUUGUGAAUGUUCUAAAUCCUUUAAUUUUAACAGCAAUAUCCGCAUUUGUAAGAAUACAUAAAAUAGAUGCAGCCAAUAGGGUGAUAUGGGAUGAAGCUCAUUUUGGGAAAUUUGGAUCUCAUUAUCUUAAACGUGAAUUUUAUUUUGAUGUUCAUCCACCUUUAGGAAAACUUUUGGUUGCUUUAUCAGGCUAUUUAGCUGGUUAUAAUGGAGAUUUUACUUUUGAAAGUGGUUUACAAUUUCCAGAAUCAAUGAACUUUACAAUAAUGAGAAUUUUCAAUUGUAUGUUUGGAAUUUUAAUUACACCUAUAGCUUAUAGAACAGCAGUACUUUUGGAGUACAGUCAGCUUACUUGUUGGUUUAUUUCUUUGAUGGUUAUAUUUGAACAAAUGUCUUUGACAUUAUCCAAAUUCAUUUUGCUUGAUUCAAUGUUAUUAUUUUUUGUAGCUUUUACAUUCUUUGGGUUGAUCAAUACUCACAAAUUAAUAAUCAACAAAAAGGAAAUGUCAAUGAGUAGUAUCAAGUGGUUUAUAAUUACUGGGAUCAGUAUUGGAUGCGUUUGUUCGGUAAAAUGGGUUGGAUUAUUUGUAACAGCCUUAGUGGGGAUCUAUACUGUUUUUUAUUUGGUAGUAGAAUUUUAUAAAUGUGUUGCCUCCAAAGAACGUUCACAAUGGAUUGCUUAUACACAGCAAUGGAUUUUGAGAAUAUUCACUUUGAUUUUAAUUCCAUUAAGUAUAUACAUGCUAUCAUUUAAAGUCCAUUUCUUGACACUUAAUCACACAGGUCCAGGUGAUGGUUCUAUAUCGACCUUACUACAAGCUUCUUUAAUUGGUAACACGAUUCAAGCUGGACCAAGAUCAGUAGCGGAUGAAUCGUUGAUAACCUUGAGAUCACAAGGGCUUUCUCCUAAUUUACUUCAUUCUCACGCACAUACAUAUCCUGAAGGUUCACAAGAACAACAAGUCACCACAUAUGGGUUUAAGGAUGAUAAUAACGACUUUAUUGUCGAAUUAAAGAGACUUACGGAGUCAAAUAUAAUUCAGAACCACGAUAUUAUUAGAUUGCGUCACAAAAAGACUGGUUGUCACCUAACUGCCAAUGCUAUUGGUGCGCCCAUAUCCAAAAAUCAUUAUGAAGUAUCUUGCUCAAACCCCAAUCAAAACAAUGAUAAACAUGAAUGGAUAAUUGAAAUACAAUCUCAAGAAAUUUCACCUUCAAUUCAUUUUCACAAUGAGAGUGGAGUAGAGAUCCAUCCGAUUUCUACGAAUUUUAGAUUGAAGCACAAAGUUUUGGGUUGCUACUUAGCCACUACUGGAAAAUCAUUACCGUCUUGGGGUUAUCAACAAGGUGAAGUUAUUUGUCGCUACUCUUUAUUUUCCAAAGACAAAAAUACUUGGUGGAACGUGGAAGGACAUAUUAAUGAAAAUUUAAAUCCACCCAGCUUUGAUUAUGUUCCACCUAAGCCAAAAUUUUGGAAGGAAUUUUUAGUUUUAAAUUAUGGAAUGAUGGCUUCUAACAGUGCUUUGGUUCCUGAUUAUGAUAAAUUUGAUAAAUUAAGUUCUGAGUGGUGGGAAUGGCCAAUUCUAAAUACAGGUCUAAGAAUGUGUGGUUGGGGAGAGCAUGAAAUUAAAUAUUUUUUAAUUGGAAAUCCUUUUGUCACUUGGUUUUCAACUUUUUGCUUGGGUACUUUCUUAUUUUAUGUUUUGUUCAAAGCUUUCCAAUAUCAAAGACAGUGGUUUAAUUACAGUAAAAAUGAUGAUUUAUUGGGACAAGGUAUUCUUCCGUUUCUAGGCUGGGCUUUCAAUUUUUUUCCAUUCAUAUUUAUGGGAAGAGUUAAAUAUUUACAUCAUUAUGUACCAGCUUUGUAUUUUGCAAUAUUUGUUAGUGGAUUUAUGAUGGAAAAACUUAUUUAUCAAAACAGAUAUUUUCAUAAGUUUGUUACACAACUGGUCUAUAUUAUAGGUUAUUUUUUUAUAAUCUACUCAUUUUGGUAUCUCAAAGAAUUGGCUUUAGGAAUGGAAGGUUCUUCGAAGCAAUAUCAUCAUAAAAAACUACUAGACUCAUGGAUGAUUUGA